AUGUAUUCAAGGAAGAAGAAUGUUAGACAGGAUGAGAAACAUCAUGCAUUGCGUCAAACAGGAUAUCCAGCAGUUCAUCAGGAUUUGGACUUGAAAUUACAAGGAGUACUGGGGCAGAAGCGACACCCAGCAGCUUCCCCAAAUUUGUCCACAAUUGAGUUCGUAAACUGGAAGACUUCCAGGCCUAAAUUCCCAAGUAUCUCAUCCCAGAAAUUCCCAAGUAUCUCAUCCCAGAAAUUCUCUCCACUUUUUGCUACUCCAAAUGAUUCAAGAAUUCCAGACGAGAAAAAGAAUCUGCUCAUAAGUUACUUGUUAGUGCUCACUAUGUUUGUGGAUGAUUUCAAAUCCGACCCAUCGGAUAUAGCCGAGGAUCUUAGAAUGACACCUGUGGCAUUAAGAACCCAUUACGAAAACUUAGGUUGCAAGUUCAGGCUCUAG